AUGUCCUACGCUCCAUCAUUACGAAGGAGUACCAAGGUACCAUUCAUGCCUGCUGCAUACCACAACGGAACACACGCCACCGAGCUAUUAAAAGGCGUCAGUGCGCCGUUCAUGGGAACGCCGAAUAUCGCUCUUCGGGCCAUACCGUUGUCGGAAGAAGUGGUCUCCCGCGGAGAACCCUGCCAUCAGCAUCACUAUGAUAAUCGUGCGAUCUUCCCGCCCAUGAUUGUCGCUGCGGUGCAGCUGGUGGCUGCAGGCAUGCGAAGUGAUACGUUGAGAAGGCCCGGGGGUUUAUCGGCCCCAGGCAGCCAGGCCGGGUGUCACAUGAGACUGGUGACGUCACGGGAAGACAGCUUUCCCCAGAUUUGCCCCGAAUUGGUCCAAGCGGAGACAGUUUCUGGUACGUGUCUCGAGAGUGAACUUAUGGUUCUUCUUAUCAUGGCAGAGUACGUCCCUUUUCCGGUCGCGAUUGAUGUUCUCCUCAAACGGAGAAAAUAG